AUGUCGGCCCCCUUUAUCUCGGCGCUCGCGGCGCGACGAUCCAUCUACGCCCUGUCCAAGAAGGCGAUCCUGAGCGACGAGGCCGUCGUCUCGCUCGUCCAGAAGGCGGUCAAGUACAGCCCCUCGUCGUUCAACAGCAUGAGCUCGCGCGCCGUCGUGCUGCUCGGCAAAGAGCACGACCACUACUGGACCAAGAUCGUACCCGACGAGCUGAGGAAGGUCACUCCGCCCGACGCUCUUGAGAAGGGGCUGAAGAGGGUCGAGGGCUUCGCUGCGGGCUACGGCACCGUCCUCUUCUUCGAAGACGCGAGCACCGUCAAGGGGCUGCAGGAGAAGCUGCCGCUGUACGCCUCGUCGUUCCCGCAGUGGUCGGAACACGCGUCGGGCAUGGCGCAGCUCGCCACCUGGACCGCCCUCGAGCUCGAAGGGUACGGCGCCAACCUGCAGCACUACGCCAACCUCACCCAGCCCGCCGUGCGCGCCCACUGGCAGCUCGACGACAACUGGGUCCUCAAGUCCGAGCUCGUCUUUGGCCAUCCCGAGGGCGGACCUAGCCCCGACAAGCCCUUCCUCGCCGACGAAGAGAGGGUCAAGGUGUUCAAGUGA